GUGAAAUGGAUGCUGACCACCAACGCAGUUCGAAAACACAAACAUCUGGCAGAUGACGACGCUUGCCCUGAUUGCGAGGGAGUCGUGGAAACGAGUCUCCACUGCCUUCGUGACUGUGACUCGAAUGACUGUCUUGGCGCCAGGAAAGGCUGUUGGGCGUCCUAUUUCAGUUUCAUACUUUGGUACAUUUGGAAGAGCCGAAACGACAAGGUCUUCAACGAC